AUGGCUGGACAACAGCCUAAGAAGGGUGAACCCUCUGAGCGCCAGGAGAAAGAACACCAAGGCGACCACCCCUGCAUAAUAUGGACUGGGGGUUCAGAAAAAACGCCAGUGGUGAAAUUUCAAGCAGAAGGCGCAACUGGAAAGGUAUGCCUGCGUGAGGUGGGAGAACGCUACCACCUGGCAUACAAGAUGGCUCGUAUCGGGAAUCGCCCGGUCAGCACAAUGCUAUCUGCUCAUGGGUUUCAGAAAGUGGAAGACAGCAGCAGCAAUUUCAAUUUGAUGUGGACAGGACCAUACAUUAAUGCUUCUGUCUUGGCAAAUCUUUCCAAAUAUCAGAAAAUCAACCACUUCCCCAAUUCUAUGGAGUUGGGACGCAAGGAUCUACUCUGCAAAAACAUUCAAACCCUGCAGAAGAAACAUGGGGCCCAGACAUACAACUUCCUACCCCAGAGUUAUGUACUACCCAAUGAUAACCAGGAAUUCCGCAAAGUUAUUUCCAAGGAUCAAGGCCCUUGGAUCUCAAAGCCUGUCUCUGCCUGUCAAGGCCGAGGAAUUCAGAUUAUCAAUUCCUUCUCUCAAGUAAACAGAACGGAAAAACUCCUAGUCUCUCGUUACAUAAAAAAUCCACUUCUUGUUGAUGGCUUUAAAUUUGACCUACGCCUGUUUGUACUGGUCACGUCAUAUGAUCCACUAAUUAUUUACCUCUAUGAAGAGGGUCUGACAAGGUUUGCCACUGAUCAAUACAAACCAACAGAGGAGAACAUGAAAAAUCAAUAUAUGCAUUUGACCAACACCAGCAUAAACAAAGCAAAUGCAAACUAUGUGAGAUCCACAAAUCCAGAAGUGGAAAAUCACGGCAGUUUAUGGAGCAUGGGUGCAUUGCUGCGUCACUUAAAGGGAUUGGGAAAAGACACAGCCACGCUCAUGUCUAAAAUAGAAGAGCUUGUUAUUAAGACCAUAAUAUCGGCAGAAGGCCCUAUUGCCUCAGUGUUUCAAGGAACUCUCGCUGACAGAAGAAAGUGUUUUGAAUUGUACGGCUUCGAUGUCCUAGUUGAUGAAACCUUAAAGCCCUGGCUAUUGGAAGUUAAUCUGAUGCCGUCUCUGGUUUCUGAUGGACCCCUUGAAUUAAAAAUCAAGGCAAAUCUGCUUGCAGACGCGCUGACAUUAAUUGGUGUGCAGUGUCAAAAUACCCAGCAGAAUAUAGACAAAGGGCCCAUAAAAGCUGCAAAAGUGAAAGCAGGAUAUCAACAGACAGCUGCUGGACAGACCGAAAUCUUCCAAGAGAGGAUGAAGAUAAUUCGUGAGGUCAAGGAGGAGGAAGAGAGAAGAGGCGGUUUUAUUCGAAUCUUCCCCCACAAGGAUACAUGGAAGAAAUAUAGCAAUUUCUUGACAUACAAAUCCUUUAAUAGCAUGCUGGCUUGUCAUCUUUUUACAAAGAAACCGUCAAAGCCAGGAUCCAGCUGUAGUGGACUUGACCAACACUCUGCACUGUAUGAGCGAAAGCUGCCGCUACUGCGGACAAACAUCCAUGAGAUGGCACUCAGUCAAGGCAGUCCAUCUCAUAGUAGAACAACUCCCAAGGAUGUGAGGAGACAGGGAGUUAAAUCUUUAGUGACAUGCAAACCCCUUAAUAAGAUUCAGCCUCUCCAUCUGCAUGCAGCAAAGAUGUCAGAUCCAAAAGCCAGCAGUGUUGGUGUUGGACAACACUCUGUGCUGCGUGGGCAAAAGCAGCCAUCACUGCAGACAAAUAAGUCAGUCAGUCCAUCUAAAACGUCUUACAUGAGCAGUGGAAGAGUUUCCAAGGAGGUGGAGAGACAGAGAUUGCCCAAUUUAGUAACAUGCAAACAUUUGGAUAACAUUCAGCCUCGCCAUCUUCUAUCAACAAAGCUGUCAGAUCAAAAAUCCAGCAGUAGUGGACCCUCGGCACUGUAUCAGCAAAAGCUGCCGCCAUUGCAGUCAAGCAGGCCCGUGGAUCAUGUGAUGACGCUCAAGCAAGUUACUCAAUUUAAUAGUAAAAAAGACUGCACACAAAAAUCUGGGUAUAAUUCAGUCCGUCCAUCUAAAAUAUUUCAUCAGAGCAGCGAAAGAGUUCCCAAGGACAUCAGGAGACAGGGACUAUGUGGCAUCAGGGACUCUAGCAAGGACUCCAUUGAUCCACAGCCUACUGUUCUGUACGGUUCCAGUGAUCUAUUAAACAUCAUCACUGGCUUCUCGUCCACCUACCAACAACUUUGCGCAGAACUCGAUCGGCUAUAG